AUGUCUGGUUCUAUUAAAUGUAUUUUUGUUGCUCUUAAAUUCGUCUUUAUACUACUUUCUGUUCGGAAGUUUGGCUGUAUUGUAAAUGAGUUUACACAGACCAGUACGGUCACAAAGCAAGACCUCAGGCUAUUUGAGAAACUUAGCAAGAAGUUGAAAAAAGCAGACGCAGACAUACAUUUUCUAAAAAAUUGUAGAAUUUUCGGCGUUUUCCCUAAAUUUAUUACAUUUAAAUUACCUAACGUGAGUUCAAGUGAUACAUAUGCCAUAAGAAGCCGACUAUUAAAGAGCCAAAUCAACAAGAGAUACAAAGAACGAGCAACUAUUAAGCUGAAGUUUGAAGCGAUAUCCAGAAGCAUCAAAUCAAAACUUAAUUUAAUUCAACUAUAUACAUUACACAAGGCAGUAAAACGAAAUGUGGACAAGUACAUGAAGACAGUCAUUGAAAAGCACGAGGCCAAAUUAUCCAGAAUUACGAAAAACGUGAGGAUACCAUAUGACACGAAAGACACGAUCACUAACAUCUCUUCAUACACGCCUACGCCAGAACAAAUGAACCUAUUGAAAAUUGGAUUAGGAUUUUCUAUUCGACCAGGAAAAAUAAGCAAGAGUGACAUCCUUACUUGUUUCGAGUCAAUUUGUCGUCAAAUGGUAAAACAUCUAUGCGACACUAACAAAUCAGCUGAAAUAAAAGCGCAUUUGUCUGGUUUAGCACAUACAUACGUGAAUUCAUACAAACCAUCACAGAAAGAUAUCAGGAACAUAAGAAUACUUAAGGAAUUAAAGAAAAAUAAGGAAAUCGUUAUAACAAAACCAGACAAAGGAAACGGAAUCAUUAUUUUAGACCGUUCGAUGUACAAUGCUUGUAUAAACAACAUUAUAGAAGAUCAAACGAAAUUCGUUAAAAUCAACACUGACCCUACACUCAAACAAGAAGGAAGUUUACACCGUUUUCUUAGGAGUAUACAUAAAACUGGAGAGCUUGACGCAGACACUUACAAACGAAUUUACCCGAAGGGUUCCAUACCGGCAAUAAUAUAUGGUUUAACGAAAGUACACAAAGCAUUUGGUGAUGAUGGUUUACCAAAUACUAGACCAAUCAUCUCGUCAUUUGGAACCUACAACUACGAACUAGCCAAAUAUUUAAGCGAACUGAUACAACCACAUAUACCAGAGGAAUACACCGUUACCGACACGUUUACAUUCGUCAAAACCAUCAAGGACAAUAAGCCUAUAUAA